AUGCUUCCUGCACCGCCGAUGCAUCCUGGUACCGUGCCAGGACCACAAGCUUUCAACAGCUUAUCCAACAUACCUGGACAAGAAGCCAACGGACACAACGAUGGCCACGCCCGCCGAUUUGUACCAAACCAUAGACGUUCUUUUCCGAUCAGAAUAUCGCAGUCGUCGCAACAGGCUGCCAUGCCAACUGCUCAUCUCGGUUCAUUUACGACCGAGCACAACCUUCGCAGAAAGACGCCGGGCGGAACGGUCGAGGCGGGAUACGAUGGUUCGCCGAUUCAGCCAUUCCCGGGACCACCACCAUUGAAACAGAUGAUACUCCCCAUAUCAGCUGGCUUAACAUCCUACUUUCCACCGGACCCUUUGCUGGGAUCUAUACAACCGCCGCACAUCCAAUUCAAUGUGCUCGGUAGCAGCUAUAGUCACGGCUCUCACCCCCCAGCAAACCUUCAGCCUGGUGCCUGGGCCUACAGUGACGCAACACCCAAUGGGUUUGACCUUUCGACGGUUCUGAACAGUGGUUCACGCUUGCUGAAUACCAGCAAUGUCCAAGCCAUGGGUCAGCCUUCAGAUCUUUACCAGCCAGUCAUUCGAGCGAAUGAGCACAACCUCCGUGCCUUCUGCCCGCCUCCAGCUCCAACCAGUGGUUCAUUGCUAUUUGGUCAUAUGGGCUGGCAGCCGGGAUCUUCGCCAUGGGACCAUAGCAACUAUGACAAAAACCCGGGCCUUGGUAUUCCAUACACGGCACCAGAUAUAAACCAUACCGGAUAUGGUCAACAUGGCAGCGUCGUAUCCCAGCACUCACAAUUAUACGGCAAGUAUCAAGGGCUAGAUAGAGGGACAAGAUAUUCUGGACACAGUCCACGGUGGGGGUUUCAAACAUACCAAGGUCCUCGCUCAAGGACUGAUGGCCAAAGGGUGACUUCGAUCGGAGAGUCACAUCUUCGGGACAAAGCCUUACAGCAAUCCUAUCAAAGCUAUGUGGAACUGCUUUCAUAUUUGCAAGCCAGUGGCAAAACGAGCCCAACCAGAAGUAGCCCUGGCUCCUUCAGUUCUUGCAAACUCCCGGCGUAUCCCAAACCACCGAAGCUACAGAGCCUUAGAAUGGUCAAAAGCGCCAAUCUCGCGGGCCCCAACGCGACAUCUGCUAAUAGUAUGAGUCAAGGCUCGGCCGAGCAUGGUGGACGGUGUACUCUGGAUAGCGGCCGGUCCUUACACAGGCACGCUCCCUAUAGCCAACCAACCCCUAAUGGUAACAACGUAUACUCUUUGGAACAAAAAUUUGUCUCGGCAAACCCGAGUAUCUCAGCACCUUCAUUUAGCAACAUAACAACCGCAGUCCAUCCAUUACCGGUAUCCAAUGCUCUGACAUCUCUAGACAUUCUUAAUAAUCUCUGCGAACAAACCAAGUGGCAAUGGAUCGAAGGUAUGCUUGUCGGAGGUUGCCUUCUAUACUGCCUAGAGCGGUAUGAUGACGCGUUAAAAUGGUUCUCAGCAAUAAUUAAGCUGGAUUCCGGUCAAGUUGAGGCCACUACACAUCUUGGCGCAGCUCUGUACUGUCUUGGCCGCCAGGAUGAAGCUGAGCAGAACUGGCUUCGGGCGGUAAAGCUAGAACCAAGCUAUUUAGAUGCAACGGAACAUCUAGUAGGGUACUUGUACAAAAACCGGAGCGGGGAAGCUAUCGAAGUUAUAGCAUAUGUCCAGAAAGCUUUAGGCCCCGUUAUCGCCAGUACGAGCUCUACCCAAUCAAAGGCGCCACUGCCUAUCCUAGGAAGUGGAAAUGAACUAGUUGUACCAGGCUCCCAGUCUCAAUUUCUGAACGGGGGCGGCAGUAGCAAUACCCCUGGAUUCGGAUCCAGUGGUUACUUGCUGUCUGGUAUAGAUAACGGCAGAAUGCUGGCCCUAGUUCAUGCAAAAGGAACAUUGCUCUAUAGCCAAAAGGACACCGAGCGUGCGUCGGAAGCCUUCCAGGAAGCUGUUUUGAUCAGCCUUGGACGACAAGUUACAGGGAUCCAGGAACUUAUUCGUCGUAUCCAAGUCGCGCUCUCACCAAGAACAUGCCAAAAUGCUUCUAGCAAAAAGUCACAAUCUCUGCAGCCGUUGAUGUUGUCUCCAGAAAAAGCCCGGCAUACCGCCCAUCUUGUUUUUGGUGGCACCGGUGAACUACCUGGUCUCCAAUUUCUCCGAAACGGGCCAUCUAAGCGUGCUGCUGUGCAAACGACAAGCAACUCAUUGCUAUCGCUGGCUAAAAUCUUGCAAGACGCCAUGUCUAGUGGCAAAGUGGAUUUUGGCCUCUUUCGUGGCUCAUCGCAAGUCGGCGAUAUACUUGCUCUAUACUAUCUUUCUUUGUCGCUUCAAGAGAGUCCAUCUACAGCCAAUAAUGUUGGCAUUCUUCUCGCUGGAGUCCAACAAGGCAUUGCCGCAUUCUCAAACACAGCUGGCAGAACAAUGCCGCAAACUAGUAUACCUGGUAUUGCCCCUGGAAGUGGCCUUGCCCUAGCACUUGCGUAUUAUAAUUAUGGUCUUAAACUCGAUCCGAACCAUGUUCAUCUUUAUACAAAUCUUGGCAGCUUGCUGAAGGAUGUUGGCCAACUGGACUUCGCAAUAGGAAUGUACGAACGCGCAGUAUCCUGUGACGGGACGUUUGACAUUGCUCUCACGAAUCUUGCCAAUGCUGUCAAAGACAAGGGCCGGAUAAACGAUGCCAUUCACUACUAUCGACGCGCAGUAAACGCGAAUCCUGGGUUCGCGGAGGCUGUUUGCGGGCUUUUUACGGCCCUUAAUUCCGUGUGCAACUGGCGUGGCCGUGGCGGUGUGUUUCUAGAAUCUGGGAAGUACGACCGGUGGCAUGUCAAUAGUGAGGGAAUGCUCGUUGACGCUCAAACUAGUGGGUGCAGCAGCGGUCUCACUAGGCGCGUCGUCGAUAUCGUGAGCCAACAACUCAAGGAUGCAUCUCACUGGGGCCAAGGGAUGUUGCGGGAAUCCGCUAUAUGUGAUUUAGCAAAGCAACUGCAACAUCUUUGCAAAGACCCAUCGUUUCAACUAGAGGAAGCCCUUCGCCGAUGGGCUGAUCAGCCAUGGGAAGGAUCUCGACUUUUGCGACUGAUAGAGCGUGCCACACGAGUGUUACUGAGGAAAAGUUACAGGGAUCGAUAUCUAUGUGGCCAAACUAACAAAUUGUCAUACGACAGACCGAAACUGUCGCAAAAUCUUAGUGUUCCAUCAGCACCUACAGUGCUUCCAUUUCAUACCUUCACGUGUCCCUUAACAGCUAGACACAUAAGAGCAAUUGCUCAACGAAAUGCUCUUCGUAUAUCGAGCUCGACACUUCGAUCACCCUGGAUACCUUCCACAAUGUACCCUCCUCCUUCCCCUCCGAACCCACAUUUGAAUGUGGGUUAUAUAUCCUCAGAUUUCAAUAACCAUCCGUUGGCUCAUUUGAUGCAAUCCGCCUUCGGGUUUCACAACCCGGAUCGAGUCCAGGCUAUUUGCUAUGCCACCACACCAAGUGAUGGGUCUGUCCAUCGCCAGCAGAUUGAGAACGAGGCACCGGUGUUUAGAGAUGUCAGCAACUGGCCACCAGAUAAAUUGGUUGAACAGAUUACAAGGGACAAUAUUCACAUACUGGUGAAUCUGAACGGCUACACCAGGGGUGCAAGGAAUGAAAUCUUUGCAGCCAGGCCGGCACCUAUUCAAAUGUCGUUUAUGGGAUUUGCUGGCACAUUAGGUGCUGAGUGGUGCGACUAUAUACUAGCUGACACAACCGCAGUCCCGUCAACCACUCUUCGCCCUUGGAGAGAUAAUGUGUCAAUCGAAGAUGUGUUCUGUGAUAACAAUGAAGACACCACAGGCGACUGGGUGUAUUCGGAAAAUGUUAUCUUUUGCCGGGACACUUUCUUCUGCUGCGAUCAUGCACAGUCAUGCGCAAUUGACGAGAAAGAAACUGAGUGGGCUGAGGUGGAAAGGCGGAGGUGGAAGAUGAGAAAGGAGUUGUUUCCCAGGCUGGGAAACGAUGCUAUCAUACUCGGCAACUUCAAUCAGCUCUACAAGAUUGACCCGACCAUUUUUCGGGCUUGGCUACGCAUUCUGGCUCGGGUCCCACGAGCGGUUUUAUGGCUUCUUCGGUUUCCUGAACCCGGUGAGAGCAACCUCCGGGCUACAGCUAAAGCGUGGGCCGGACCUGAAGUAGCAGACCGGAUAAUUUUCACAGAUGUGGCCCCAAAAAGUCAACACAUUUCGCGGGCCACUGUUUGCGAUAUGUUUCUGGAUACCCCGGAAUGCAAUGCCCACACCACAGCUGCAGAUGUCCUGUGGUCCAGCACCCCACUACUUACUCUUCCCCGAUAUCCUUACAAAAUGUGCUCACGGAUGGCUGCGUCUAUUUUACGUGGUGCGCUUCCUCGAUCUUUGGAAGGCCAACAAGCAGCCGAGGAACUGAUUACAGACACUGAGGCAGGAUAUGAGCAGCGAGCGGCUGAUUUGGCGAAUAGCCUUGAAUACACAAUGACUAGUGGCGGCUACGGACAAAGCAGUGGCCGUCUGGCGGACAUACGGAAGCUUUUGUGGGAUAGCAAAUGGCACUGUGGCCUAUUUAAUACCCGAAGAUGGGUGGAAGACCUAGAGACAGCAUACGAGGAGGCAUGGAAAAGGUGGGUUAAUGGUGCUGGUGGUGACAUUUACCUCUGA